AUGUCACUCUGGGUUGACGAGUACCGACCUAGAACCCUUGAUGCAUUGCACUACCAUAGAGGACUUUCAGAACGCCUCAAAUCUCUUGCUUCCUCAGGCGACUUCCCGCAUAUGCUCUUCUAUGGACCUUCAGGUGCUGGCAAAAAGACCCGUAUAACUUGCACUCUGCGGCAGCUAUUCGGAAAUGGAGUAGAAAAGCUGAAAAUCGAUCAAAGAAUAUUCCUCUCGCCUUCCAAGCGGAAACUCGAAAUCAACAUUGUUCAAAGUAACUUCCACAUAGAGAUCACGCCCAGUGAGGCUGGAAACUACGACCGACUUGUGAUUCAAGAGUUACUCAAAGAAAUUGCGCAAACACAACAAGUUGAUCUCAAUGCUAAACAACGUUUCAAGGUCGUCAUUAUCAACGAAGCGGAUUCGCUGUCGCGUGAUGCACAAGCCGCUCUGAGAAGAACAAUGGAAAAAUAUAUGUCGAACAUGAGGAUCAUCCUAUGUGCGAACAGUACCAGCAAACUGAUUGCUCCUAUCAAAAGUCGUUGUUUGCUCAUGAGAGUUCCUGCACCUAGCCCGGAGGAGAUGCUAAACGUUCUAGAGCUCGUCGCUCGAAGGGCAGGCUUUGAUCUUCCUCCAGAAGCUGGCAUGAAAAUCGUGGACGACUGUGGGGGGAACAUGCGGAAAGCCAUUCUUGUCCUGGAAGCUCUGAAGAUGCAGUCACCAGACCUGACAGGCCCUCUUACAAUCGCAAAACCUGACUGGGAGACCUAUUGUCAUAAGGUGGCUGACCUCAUCGUCAGUGAACAAUCUCCCGCUCGGGUGAUGGAGGUUCGGGCGAAAUUUUAUGAGCUUUUGAGCCAUUGUAUACCGCCAACUGUGAUACUCAAGACUGUAGCCGAGCGUGUCGUGGAGAAAGUGGACGAGAGCCUGAAAGCGGACGUCAUGCAUUGGGCAGCUUUUUAUGAGGUCCGAAUGAGAAUAGGAAGUAAAAAGAUCUUUCAUCUAGAAGCUUGGGCCGUAAAAGUAAUGAGUCUGUAUAAACAUUUCUUCUAUGAUAUUGAUAUGUCGGCGUUUGACUAA